AUGGAGGAGAUCAGCCAUUGCCAAAAAUCUAGAUGCUUGUGGUUGAAGGAUGGGGAUCGAAACAUAAGGUUCUUUCACCGUAUGGCUAAUGUGCAUAGACGGGUGAAUCAGGUGAGGAAGAUACGGGUAAAUGAGGUGGAGUUUUCAUCAGCAAAAGAGAUUAGAGGGGCUAUAGUGGGCUUCUAUGAGCAUCUCUUUCGGCUGGAUAGGGAUAUUUGGAGGCCGCGGUUCGAUGGGGUUAUGUUUGAUGCCAUCUCUGAGAUGGAUUGCACUAUGCUGGAGAGGGUAUUCACGAAAGAAGAGGUGUUUGCAGCGCUACAGAGUAUGCCUGGAGAUAAGUUUGAGGAGAGUUUGAGCGCCACUUUUAUAGUGCUGAUCCCAAAGAAGGAUAGGGCAGGGGAUAUUCGGGACUUUCGACUGAUCAGUUUUUUGAGGAGUAUGUAUAAGUUGUUGGCAAAUCGGCUUCGAGGGGUGUUGGAGGGGGUGGUUUCGGAGUCUUCGAAUGCUUUUGUAGAUAGUAGGCAAAUCUUGGAUGUGGUCUUGGUAGCCAAUGAGUGUGUGGAUUCGAGGUUGAGGCAAGAAAAAGAGGGAGUCAUUUGCAAAUUAGAUAUUGAGAAGGCAUAUGACAAUGUUAACUAG